CUCCCCUCUGUCGUCGCUGAUAUUACCAGUUGACUUAUCUUCAGUUCCCUCCCUCCAUUUUUGUUAACCCUAUGUUGGUAUCUCCACUCUUGACUUGAUUUUCACCGUUUUGUUAUCACCUCGCACUUUUUCCGCCUAUCGCAAAAUUGUGUCUCCCCAUAAGCGCGCCAUAUUUAUGUGUGUAAGUGCAUGCUCUGACCUGACUCAUCCUCUUCGAAACAAAUUGUGCAUUUCGAUCUCACCCAGUAUUGAUGUCAAAAUGAGCAGAAUACUCCCCGUGUAUGUGAUAGCCAUUUCGUGCCUCCUGUCAAACAUAAAAUGUUUCGCGACGAACGUCUACAACGGAAGUGGCCUUCAUAACUGUUCCAGCGUCUUCUGUUCUUACGAUAAAUUAUCAAAUAUUUACGACAAUUCUAAGUUUAUCUUGGCGGAGCUGGAAAGCAUUUUGUACGAUGUGCGGGAUGAGAAGGAUGCGCAUCAGUCAGAACACGAGCGGGACAAAUCACUAGAUCUCGAAAUAAAAUUCCCUAAUUCUGAGGAUCACGAGGAUUUGUCAUACUUAUCUCCGGACGAGGAGUAUGAAAAUGAAAGCAGCUAUAGUGAGCCCGUUCCAUACAUCAUCAUUAGCAGGAUGGACGAUGACGACUUCGAAAAGACCAUACUAGUAAAGAAAACAAAAAUAUGUCCCGUAACAAUUUGCUAA